AUAAAAUACUAUCAUCAAAGCAUACAUAAUUUUUUUUAAAAAAAUAUUUUAAAACAAAAAAAUAACAUUAUCAUUGUGAAAUAAAAUUAAAAUAGUUAUAUUUUAAAAAAUGGUAAAAAUACAUAUUUAUGUUAUUCAAAUAUUUUAACAUAAAAACUAAUAGUUAGUUUUUAAAUAAAAAAAUAUUAUGUAAUAAAUGUAUAAUAACUAUAGCUAACAAAUUUAACUUAAUGUAAAUUUUAUAGUAUAAAUUAUUAUUUAAAUAAUUAUAAAAUUAAUCUACCUAAAACAAUUUUUUAUUCAUGUGUUUUAGGAUAAAUGUAGCUUUUACAAAGUAGAUAUUGUUUUUAUAAAAUUAAUAUUUUCUGCAAAAGAUUAAAAAUUAACAAAAUAAAACUAUUAAUAAUAACAUAUUAUUUACUAUACAAUUAUAAAUAGUACUAAAUAUUACCACAGAAAAAAGUUACUUUUUUAAAAAAUAAACCAAACCAGAUUUUAAAUAUAUUUUUUAGAAGUGUAUAAAAUUUUCAUAAUUAAAAUAUUAUAAGAAGAUUUAAUUAAAUUUUCCUUGGGGUUUAAAAUAAAAAUUAAAUUUAGAGGUAAUAAAUAUAUAAUAUUUAUAACUAACAAAUUUAAUUAACUUUUCUUUGGGAUUCGUGAUACAAAAUAUUAGUUAUAUAUCAUGGAUUUAAACCAUUUGUUGAUGUUUUUUUUUUAUUUUAGAUGUGAUUCUUUUAUAUAUAAAAUAACUAAUGUAUUGCAAAAUGAUGAAAACUGUCGCAAGACUUGGGAAAACCCAUAAAAUGUGGAUUCUAGUUUUUAUGUACAAAAUGGUUAAAGAGUUGAAAAUCUGGAUUCCCUAUAAAAUAGGAAAUCUACUUUACUCAAAUCUUGAUUGGGUGAAAACUAGAUUUUAGAAAAACUAAAACUAAAAACUACUCUAGAAUCUACAAACAAUCAACCUCUUAAAGAUUUAUGAUUUAAGAUUUAGAGUUUAAUGUUUUGCUGAUGGCGUUAAAAAUAUUUUAAUUUUUUUUUGUAACUAGUAUUUUUUUUAUAUUUUCAUUUUAAAAUUAUAAUAUAAAUUGAUAAUUUUUUUUUAAAGAUAUUAAAUAUAAAAUAUUUAAUUUCUAUUGGUCGGUGAACCGGUACGUGAACCCAAGAACACAUGUUUUUUGUGUGGGUGUAUUUGCUGUAUUGAGUUGUCACUGAAUCAUUCAUAUCCAUUAAAAAUGUAAAUGAUAAAAUCAUUAGCUCUAGAGGAGAACAAUGAGAAUUCAAACUGUAUAAAGCUUAACAUUUUCUCUCUCAAGCCAACUUCAUCUCGACGACGUGUGGACCAAAAACACAUUUUCAAAUUAGAUUUUUCGAUAUUUUAAAAUUGCUCAUAGUGCCAUCACAACAAAGUUGAUUAACUGUCCGAAAUAUUAAAUUUCCAAUGAUCCACUGGUCUAUGAAGACAAUAAUAAUUGAUACAAGGUUAUCUUUAUAUAUAUUAAGGUUUUCUUUGUUUACGUGUCUACUGCCUACGAGAAAACACAAACAUCAUCGGCACUGUUAGGUAUUGAUUGGUAAACAUAAUUUAUAUAGAAAUUUAAACUUAAAUGGUAAUCAAAUACGAAGUUUAACGUAGUGAAAUUCAUUUUAGGUAUUAAAAUACAGUAUACAAAAGAUGUAUUUGGGGAAAAGCUAUUCUUGAAGCGAAGAACCAGCACCAGUCGUGGCGCGAAAGGAACUUGCUUUAAACCUUCCUGUCCUAUUUUCAUUGGACCACGAGUCUCGCACUAGUUCGUGACGCUUACGUGGCUUAUUUUUUAAUAACCGUACUCUAUGUAUCGACGGUCCAGAUUAAAACAUUAAGUACGUGACGUUCUUAAAAAGUAAACCAAAAUUGAAAGUAGUUUAUGAGGUAGAGCUGUGUAUAAAUGAGGUAGAGUGGAGCAACGUGUAGUAGUAACAAUAUUAUUGUGUUCAAUUGAUUCGUUUCCUAGUCUUUCUUAACGUGCAAGUAACCUAAACAGCAUUCAACUUUUUAUUUGUUCAUCGGAGAAACAGUUUCUUGUUCUUCUUGAUUUGAAAAGAAAAAAAGAUCGAACAUAUGGCAGAUAUAUGUUACGAAGUUUUGACCGAUGCGUCGGCGUAUGAAUCAAGACCGUUACAUUCAGGGAGGAGGCAGAGGUUUCCGAUGGAUAAGACGGUGGCGAUGCAAGAAGAAUGGGAGAAGAAAAACUUUAAGCGUAAUAAACUGGAGGCUUUAACGGUGAGAAAUGAGAACGUCUCCGAUGAGUCUCCGGUGACGGAGGCAAGUCCGAGAUACGGCGUUUCUUCGGUGUGCGGUAGAAGAAGAGAGAUGGAAGAUGCGGUGGCGAUUCAUCCUUCGUUUUCUUCUCAUUCGGAGUAUCCUCAACACUACUUCGGUGUCUACGACGGUCAUGGUUGUUCCCACGUUGCAGCCAGGUGUAGGGAGAGACUUCACAAGCUCGUGCAAGAGGAGCUAAACUCUGAUAGGGAAGAAGAGGAGGACGAGUGGAGAAACACGAUGGAGCGUAGCUUCACUCGCAUGGAUAAAGAGGUUGUGUUGUUGAGUGAAUCAGUCGUGAGUGCGAACUGUAAGUGCGAGCUUCAGACGCCGGAUUGUGAUGCGGUCGGAUCAACCGCCGUCGUGUCUAUCAUUACGCAGGAUAAGAUCGUCGUCGCUAACUGCGGCGAUUCCAGAGCAGUUCUCUGCCGGAAUGGAAAACCAUUCCCUCUAUCGACAGAUCACAAGCCUGACCGUCCAGACGAGUUGGACCGAAUCGAAGGAGCUGGAGGACGAGUCAUAUACUGGGACUGUCCGAGAGUUCUAGGAGUCUUAGCAAUGUCACGAGCCAUAGGAGACAACUAUCUGAAACCUUACGUGACUUGUGAACCGGAGGUAACGGUAACAGACAGGACGGACGAUGACUGCCUUAUUCUAGCCAGCGACGGUUUAUGGGACGUUGUGUCAAACGAGACAGCCUGCUCGGUGGCGCGUAUGUGUCUCAGUGGUGGUCGGAGACGGCGAGGUACUCCGGAACAAGCGGUGGAGACGAUCUCGGACAAAGCGUGCAUGGAAGCGUCAGUAUUGCUGACGAAGCUGGCGUUAGCGAGACACAGUAGUGACAACGUGAGUGUCGUUGUGAUUGAUCUCAGAAGGAAAGGACACGUCACUGGACACUAAUCCUUUUACUACUUGACACUCCCAUCAAAGACAGCAGUUUUAAGUUAACUUCCCUUUUUUCAGUUCUUUUUGGUUGUUCUUGGAAUGAGUGAUGGUAUACAACAAACAAUUUAACCCGGUUUUGUGGCAAAAGGGUUAAUAGUUUAUAGGGAUGAGUAGCUUUUUCUUCUCAUUCCUGAAAGUCUUUCGUGUAAUAGUAAUUAAAUUGAAGAAAAUCAAAUGUUUCUCACA